GGAGCCGGAGCCCGGCGAGCGGCAGAGCGUUCCCGCCUGCGGGACUUGGCGGCCGGCAGCCCGAGCCACACGUGUCCGGGGCUGCGAGAGGCCGGCGCCAGGAAGGGGCUCCCAGCCAGAGCUGCAGCCGCACCCCCGCCUUCCUCGCCUGCCCCCGCCUCCUCCUCGCGCGCUCUGCGUCCCGGGGAAGAGCCCGCGGCCAUGGGGGAGGCUCCGAGACGCCGGGAGCUUUGAAUGUCGGGCAGCUGUGGAUCUACCGAGCCAGCAGACCUGUCCUCUGCGCUCCGGGCACGCGUAUGGCUUGAAGGGGGAAGUUGGAACCUGGUACCUUUCACCUUCAUGGAUCCCCUGAACCUGUCCUGGUACAACAAUGAGAUUGGCAACAGGAACUGGAGUAAGCCUCUCAAUGGGUCCGACACAGAGCAGAAGCCUCACUACAACUACUACGCCAUGCUCCUCACCCUCCUCAUCUUCGUCAUCGUCUUUGGCAACGUGCUGGUGUGCAUGGCCGUGUCCAGAGAAAAAGCCCUUCAGACCACCACUAACUACCUGAUCGUGAGCCUGGCCGUGGCAGAUCUACUGGUAGCAACGCUGGUGAUGCCCUGGGUGGUCUACCUGGAGGUGGUUGGGGAGUGGAGAUUUAGCCGGAUCCACUGUGAUAUCUUCGUCACCCUGGAUGUUAUGAUGUGCACUGCCAGUAUCCUCAACCUCUGUGCCAUCAGCAUUGACAGGUACACAGCGGUGGCAAUGCCAAUGCUCUACAACACGCGCUACAGCUCCAAGCGCAGAGUGACCGUCAUGAUUGCCGUGGUCUGGGUCCUGUCGUUUGCCAUCUCCUGCCCACUUCUGUUUGGACUCAACAACACAGAGAAGAAUGAGUGUAUCAUUGCCAAUCCCGCCUUUGUUGUGUAUUCCUCUAUCGUCUCCUUCUACGUCCCCUUCAUUGUCACCCUGCUGGUGUACGUGCAGAUUUACAUAGUGCUCCGGAAGCGCCGGAAGCGCGUCAACACCAAGCGCACCACUCUCGGCCCGGACUCUGACACGCAGGCCCCGCUGAAGGACAAAUGCACUCAUCCAGAAGAUGUGAAGCUCUGCACAGUCAUUGUCAAGUCCAAUGGGAGCUUCCCAGUUAAUAAGCGGAAAGUGAUCCUUGUCCAGGAGGCAGUGAAUCACGUGGAAGAGAUGGAGAUGGAGAUGGUGUCCAGUACCAGCCCCCCCGAGAAAACCAAACACAAGCUAGCACCGCCAAGUAACCACCAACUAGUCGUGCCAGCCACUUCCAACCAGUGUGUUAAUUCCACCCUGCAGUCCCCCUUGAACAGCCCUGUGAAAGCAGAGAAGAAUGGGCACGCCAAAGACAACCCAAAGACAGCCAAAGUCUUUGAGAUCCAGUCCAUGCCCAACGGCAAGACUAGGACCUCCCUCAAAACCAUGAGCAGGAGGAAACUCUCUCAGCAGAAGGAGAAGAAAGCCACUCAGAUGUUAGCUAUAGUGCUCGGUGUUUUCAUCAUAUGCUGGCUCCCCUUCUUCAUCACCCACAUCCUGAACAUACACUGCAACUGCAACAUCCCCCCAGCCAUGUACAGCGCCUUCACCUGGCUCGGGUACGUCAACAGCGCGGUCAACCCGAUUAUUUACACCACCUUCAACAUUGAGUUCCGGAAAGCCUUCAUGAAGAUCCUCCAUUGCUAAGACAACACUCAGCCUGAGAAGAAAAACCUAUACCACGCAUGCACGCGCCCAUGCACACCAGGCAAGCAGGGAGUCACAAGGAGGCCGAGUGUUUUUGUACAGGGCUGGGAGCCCACAGUGUUAAGACAGUGCCAUAUCCAUGCAGCUGGGAUGUAAUGAGAGGCUUCGAGUGGGAGGAUCUCUCCGUCCCCAGGUGACCUUUGGACUCUGAGAGGUCACUCCAAAGGGCACUUUUCAAGAGCUACCCUCACACUGUGUUCAAAGAAGCAGAAGCAAAAACAAAGACAUGCUCACUUGAUACCUGCCUGUGGCCAACUGACCUCGAGUGCAUUAAUUACUGACAUUAGCAGAGCCAACGGCAGGUGGUGAGUGGUCACGGCUGCCAGUUGCUCACGUGUUAACGUCACUGAUACAACUCUCACCAAAGACGCCGCCAUCUUUCUCGCUUUGCAAUAGGAGCCAGACAGCUGGAGCUCACGGGAACUACAUGCAAUAGCUUUGCCUUCACCUCCAGCUGACCUGUUCAGUAUCAAACUGCUGAGGCCUUCAGACCAAGACUUAGCAAGGCCCCAAGUGGGCUAAGAAGGUUUGUCACCUACAGAUCUGAUUCCUACAGUCCUAUGGGUCCACAGGAAAACGGGUGCCAAGGAGAAGGGCCAUGUGAGUCACGUGCGGCACCGUACCGCCCAUGUAAAUAUGAAUAAAUAGGAUGAACUGAACCGAAGCCCAAGCCAAAAAA